AUGCGUCUGACCACCCUCUUCCUCGCCCUCGCCUCCCUCGCCUGCGCCGCCGAGCUGGGCAUCGAGACAACGCACAAGGUCGAGUGCACGCGCAAGACACAGAACGGUGACAACGUGUCCAUGCACUACCGGGGUACCCUACAGUCUGACGGGAGUGAAUUUGACUCGAGCUUCAAGCGCAAUGUGCCGCUGAGCUUCAAGCUGGGAACCGGUCGGGUGAUUAAGGGAUGGGACCAGGGUCUUCUCGACAUGUGCAUCGGCGAGAAGCGCACGCUGACUAUUCCUCCUGAGUUUGGCUACGGCGACCGCGGCAUUGGCCCCAUCCCCGGCGGUGCGACGUUGGUUUUCGAGACCGAGCUGGUCGCUAUCGAGGGCGUUGACAAGGAUGAGCUGUAA